GUGUGAAACUGACAUAUCGGGACAUGUGCUCGUAGCACGAGACUGCCGUGUUAUUAUUAAUUAAAUUAAUAAAAUAACAACAAGAACGAUUUUUGAACGAGGGAAUAAAUUGUAUAACAUAAGUAUUAUGCAAUUUAUUAAUUUUAUUUUUUAAAUAUUCUGAGAAGAAAAUUUGCAGGUUAUAUAUAAGUAUAUAACCUAUUUGUCUGAGAAUUUGUGAAGUCAGUGUCUUUUUAAACCGAUUUUACAAGAUGAGUAAAAGGAAGCUUGACGAGAGCAGUGUGAUGGAUAAUGUCGAUAGAGUUCAAUCUCGUUUUAAAUCGGAUACUGGUGAAAUUCUAUCCGAAGACUUGAUGGUAUUGCCAAUUAACAUUACAAUAGAUACACUGCAAGAACUUUGUAAUGCUCUACUGCAGCAAGAGAAGUCCUUCCCUUUAGCAUUCUAUGUGAAUAAUGUAGAAGUCACAGAUACAUUGGAGAAACACGUGGACAAGGGCUUUGACGUUAACGAGCACAUUGUGGAUAUUGUCUAUCAACCGCAAGCAGUGUUUAAAGUCAGAGCUGUUACAAGAUGCACUGGAUCUUUAGAAGGACACAAAGAAGCUGUUAUAUCUGUGGCGUUUUCACCGGAUGGCAAACAUCUAGCGAGUGGUUCUGGUGAUACAACAGUAAGAUUAUGGGACAUCUAUACACAAACACCACACUAUACAUGUGAGGGACAUAGACAUUGGGUCUUGUGCAUUUCCUGGUCACCUUGUGGUUCCAAGCUUGCCUCUGCGUGUAAAAAUGGAUUAAUUUAUCUAUGGGAUCCUAACACUGGCAAACAAAUAGGAAAAGCUAUGGCAGGACACAAAAUGUGGGUGACGUCUUUAUGCUGGGAGCCUUAUCAUAAAAAUCCAGAGUGCCAGUAUUUGGUAAGUGCAUCUAAAGAUUGCGACAUACGAAUUUGGGACACAAAGAGGGCACAAACCUGUCGCGUUUUGUCCGGUCACAUGAAAAGUGUGACCUGCGUCAAAUGGGGUGGCAGUGGUCUCAUUUAUUCUGCUUCUCAAGACAGGACUAUCAAAGUAUGGAGAGCAGAAGAUGGCGUGUUGUGUAGAACUUUGGAAGGCCACGGUCAUUGGGUAAACACUUUGGCUUUAAAUGUUGAUUAUGUGCUCAGGACGGGCCCUUUUCAAUUGGAAUCAAUUACAAAUAAAACGGACAAUCCACUAGAGUACGCAAGAAAACAAUAUGAAUCCGUAGGCGAAGAGAGACUUGUGUCUGGAUCUGAUGAUUUCACAUUGUUUUUAUGGAAGCCAGAAAAAGAGAAGAAACCUAUCGCAAGGAUGACAGGUCAUCAGCAACUUAUCAAUGAUGUUAAGUUUUCGCCUGAUGGCCGUACAAUUGCGUCUGCAUCUUUUGACAAGUCCAUCAAGUUGUGGAAUUCUAAUACCGGAACGUACAUCGCUUCACUAAGAGGUCAUGUUCAAGCGGUUUAUUCAGUGGCGUGGAGCGCCGACUCUCGUCUGCUGGUCAGCGGCAGCGCGGAUUCAACCUUAAAAGUGUGGAAUAUGAAAACUAAGAAAUUAAGUCAGGAUUUGCCUGGUCACGCAGAUGAGGUUUAUGCUGUCGAUUGGUCACCCGAUGGUUUACGAGUUGCUUCAGGUGGAAAGGACAAAGUUUUGCGAUUGUGGCAAAAUUGAAGUAAUACAGAUUGAAUUACUUUAUAAAAAAUAAAAAAAAUUUUUUUCCC